GUUAUCCCCACUCAGUUGAAUGGCGUGCGGCGAGAGGUUGUGUUCGCCUUGCACGGCGGGUUAGUAUUUCGCUGCGUCCGUUUAGUGUCGUGUUUCUCGCGCUCUCGCUUGUGCCUUUUAAGACAUGAAUGAAAACAGUGCAACAACAGCAAAGACAUUAUAAUAAUACCAAUACCAUAAACAUGUGUUAAGUGUCUCAAGUUCAAGUGUUGUGAAAUACAUUCAGCAUAAUGGGUUCUAAAAUCGAGUACGUGGAUUCGUCACAUUUAUACGCGACAAACUAUGUCAGAAAUUCGAAAGCUAUUGGUGUACUUUGGGCGAUUUUUACGAUCUGCUACGCGAUAAUCAGCGUUGUGGCGUUUGUUACUCCAGAGUGGAUUGGUGAUUUAGAGACUGAAUACCCGAGGAAGUUUGGCCUCUGGCAAGUGUGCAGAACAGAUGAUGCCUUGGAAGACUGUAAAGGGAGGCUGGACGACUUCUUUUCAAUAAACGGGCUUGUGUUUAAGAUAGCGACUGCCCUCGUGGGUAUAGCUGUCGCAGCGGCCCUGUUUACCAUUUGCACCAUGCUACUCUUCUUUUUCUGUCAGUCGACCACCGUGUUCCACAUCUGUGGAUGGCUGCAACUUUUGUCUGCGGCGUGUAUGAUCGCGGGGGUGUGCGUGUACCCGGCUGCGUGGGGCGAACCGGCCGUGCAGGAGACCUGCGGACCGACGGCUGACCAGUACAAUAUAGGUCGCUGCCACAUCCGCUGGGCGUACCUCCUCGCUGUGAUCGGCUGUCUGGACGGCAUCGUGCUAGCAGCCCUCGCCUUCAUCCUCGCUACACGCCACGUCAGGCUCCAGCCUGACAGUCCGUACCCGCCACCAUCUCUGUAUAAAGGAGAAGUAAACAACGCGUACGUCACCGACGCGGCGUCCGUGGCCUCCCGCAAGUCGCUCGCCCUACAGCCGGUGCUGCUCGUCCCACACGCCCGUGCGAGGGACUUGGACAGCUACUCACAUUACUCGCAACGCUCCAAGCAUGGAUAUGCCAACACCAUGCAUAACUACCAGCUGUAACAGGCCAACAAAUCUCUGGCAUUCUUUGUAACAAUAUCUACAUGGCCUCAUAUUCAAGUCAUUUGAAGUUUGAAGACCGUCUACUUAAUUCCUCAUGCGGAUGCGUCUAAAAUCGUGGGUCCCAACCUCAGCUAUGCCAUGUAGAGCAAAAACAAAAUCGUUCCGGAAAAAAAUGCAAAAAGAUGACCUAAUUUUACGCAUCAUAGAUCCGUGCCUCGGCAUACGAUGGGUUAAAACCUGUGUGUGUGUAAACAGUUGAGCGACAUUUUGGGACAGUUACUAUUCGCAACGCUUCAAGCAUGGAUAUUAUGCUAAAUCUAUGUACAAUUAUCAGCUGUAAAUGCCAACUAGGCAACUCUCGGAUAAAGUUAAAGUAUUGAUAAACCAACCUAAAAGCUCAACUAUCUAAUUACCUUGAGCAAUCCGGAUCUAAUGUAGCCUCACGAUGUACCGCAGCGCCACCUAGUUUACGGAUAGAAAAUGAAAACUUCAAACGUCAACCGUCAGAUGGCGCUUUUAUAUGUUAUUUUGUAAUUAUUUUUUAUUGUAGAGAACAGCGAAUUUUAUAAAAAAUACAUUAUUUUGACAUUUUCGUAUUUAAGAAAUGUAUACCUACAACAUUCUAAUGCCAAUAAUUGAAUUUAUUUAUGAAAAAACUUGGCGAUCAGAGCGCCAUCUAGUUUGUCCUGAUGGUAUUUUAUAUGGAACAUAUGGAAUUUUAAUAUUUAAUUAAUAACAAACUUUGUUCUUGUAUGUACCUACUUAUUAUUUUUAAUUUAGUUUUAUAAAUAUUGUGUAGUGAUAACUAAUAAUGUACAUAUUUUUAUAAAUACCUAGCAACAAUCGGUCUAUCGUUGUAUAAAAGUACAAAAAGAUCCUCCAAAAGAGUUUAUUUUUGAAUAAUUUUGUAUUGUUAUGAAUUGUCUGAGUGUUUUUAUAGAACUUUGACAUCGAUGUACUUAAAAAAUAGACAAUUUGUUUUGCUUACUCAACUACUUUACCGUCCAAUAUAAAUAAUAAUUAGUUUUAACGUAACAACGAACUUACAGCGAAUGCAUUUGGUUCACUGAAUGCUUUUUUUAUAAUGAAUAUUAAUUUAAGCAAAUAAAGUAAGAUAAUUUUA